AGAUUUGAUUAUUGGAGCAACCGCAGCAGCUUUUACUCUUAACGGAAUAUUUCAGGCGUCAGUGCCCUUCAGCAAAAAAAAUAUACGUUUAAUAAGACUUGGCCUAUUCAGCCUUAUUUAUUUUCGGUUAUAAAACUAAGCUAAGGGAUUAUAUCUGCUACUCUAAUUUCAAACUACUUAAAACACACUUCCUGAAAAGAAAAACGAAAGCCACACCUACACCCUGUAAUACAUAAACACAGGAAACUUUCAUUUCAGAUUAGAAGCUGCGUAGGAGAUCAGACGUUUCUUUAAAUACUGAAAAAGUCUGACCAGAACCAUGAAAGGACUUCUACUUGUUGCGUUGGUCGCCCUGAUUCACGGCUGUUCAGCAACUUUGAUCAUUACUGGGCCAACUGAGCCAGUUCUGGACGGAGACCCAGUCACUCUGGAAUGCCUGUACUCCGACUCUGACCUCAACAUCAGCCAGGUCCACUUUGAGUACUUCUCUGAGUACAUGCAGAGUUGGCGUCAAAUUUGGGAAAGAAGUUGGGGAGGUCGCUGCUUAUCAUUUUACUCAGCAUAUGUUGAGCAGGACGGAGAAAAGGCCUCUCUGUUAAUCCAAUACCCAACAAGGUUCUCCGGUGUGCCCUUUCGCUGUGUGUCAGAUGCUGACAAUGUGACCGCGCCCGACAACUCCUCUCAGCCACUGACCUUCAAAGUGCAUUAUUUGGGACAGCCGUCACUGUCUAUGGAAGGCUACAGCAGCUACCUGGAUGUCCCAAAAGAGCUGAUGGUACGACUCGGAGAAGACGUGGUGGUGAAGUGCUCUGCCAGCUCAUCAGAGGAGCCGAGCUACUUCUGGCAGAAAGAGGGUAGCGACUGGGUCCUGCCCUCUUCUACGCUGACACUGAAGAAGAUGCGUGUGUUGGAUGAAGGAGAGUACACGUGCAUGGUCCAGCAUCCUUCUGUGGAGUCCCUUAACAAGAAGCGCACCAUCAGCAUCACCGUGCUGCCUGAGGAUGCCCCCUGGUAUGAGACGACUAAUGGCCGUCUCUGGUUGAUGACCUCAGCUGCAGCUGUGUCUCUGUUUGUGUUCAUCCUCUCCAUGAGUGUGUUCCUGUGCCGCAGGGCCAAGCGAAUCAAGACCAGCAAAGGCCCCAUCGAUGACCGCUCUCAGAAAAAGCCCAUCUACAAAACAAGUGUGGAGUCGCUUCCCUCCACCUCCGGAGACAAACAACCCCUGGUGUGACCGCAUAGACAAUGAGGGAGAUACAUGAGGCAGAAGCAAGAAAAGAGAAGAGGGAGUCAAAUGAGGGAUAUUGGAAGACUGUGUGGAGAGCUAAAUCGAAAUCAGUAACAAGCUGGGUGUGUGGGGGGGGGAUACUGAAGGGCAAAUGAUUGCUUUAGAGAUGCCAAAGCAGCUUUGCUUGCGGGUAUAGGCUGCAGUUAUGCGUCUUGGACAAAAAGGUUUGCAAUUUUCUUUUCAUUUACUCUACAGCGUAAAAAACCGUGGAUACUUUGCCAAAUUAUGAUGAAGAGGCUUGUGUACUUGUCAAAUCUGUAAAGACUCGACAUGUGAUUAUCUUCUUCUAGUUUCCAAUGUAAUUGCUCAGUUGAUAUUAUAAAUGAACUAUAUGGGUGAUAAGCAUAAGCAUUGUUUAUGUUUUCUCUCUCUUCUUUCCAGCUUAAAGUAUCUAACAAAGUUAUUAGAAUCUUGCCACUGUGGCUGCAUUCAAUCACAUUGCACUGUACUACUGCACUUUGGUUUUCUAUGAUAUAAAAUGGCUUUUAUAAAUUAUUAUUCACUUUC